UGGGGGCGGUGCGCCGGGGCCUGCUGAGGGAUCCGGCAGGUAGGCGGUUGCCGGGGCCGCGGGUCCCUCGGUCUUGUCUUUCAGGUGCGGCUGGAAGCCGCCAUGGCGCUGAGGGGCGUCUGCGUCGUGGAGCUGGCCGGCCUGGCCCCGGGCCCGUUCUGCGGUAUGAUCCUGGCCGACUUUGGGGCGCAGGUGGUGCGCGUGGACCGGCCCCGCGCGAUCGGCGACGUGAGCCACUUGUCGCGGGGCAAGCGCUCGCUGGUGCUGGACCUGAAGCGGCCGCGGGGCGCGGCGGUGCUGCGGCGCCUGUGCGCGCAGGCCGACGUGCUGCUGGAGCCCUUCCGCCGCGGUGUCAUGGAGCAACUCCAGCUCGGCCCAGACAUUCUGCAUCGGGAGAAUCCAAAGCUUAUCUAUGCCAGGCUGAGUGGAUUUGGCCAGUCAGGAAGAUUCUCCAGGCUAGCUGGCCAUGAUAUCAACUAUUUGGCUUUGUCAGGUGUUCUAUCCAAAAUUGGCAGAAGUGGUGAGAAUCCGUAUGCGCCGCUGAAUCUCCUGGCUGACUUUGGUGGCGGUGGCCUCAUGUGCGCCUUGGGCAUUAUGAUGGCUCUUUUUGAACGCACACGCUCGGGUAAAGGUCAGGUCAUUGAUGCAAGCAUGGUGGAAGGAACAGCGUAUCUAAGUUCUUUUCUGUGGAAAACUCAAGAAUUGUGGACGCAACCUAGAGGACAGAACAUACUGGAUGGUGGGGCACCUUUCUACACAACGUACAAGACAGCGGACGGGGGGUUCAUGGCUGUGGGAGCGAUAGAGCCCCAGUUCUACCAGCUGCUGCUCAAAGGACUUGGACUGAAAUCUGAUGAACUUCCCAAACAGAUGAGCAUGACGGAUUGGCCAGAAAUGAAGAAGAAGUUUGCAGAUGUAUUUGCAAAGAAAACAAAGGCAGAGUGGUGCCAAAUCUUUGAUGGCACAGAUGCGUGUGUGACUCCAGUUCUGACUUUUGAAGAGGCUGUCCAUCAUGAUCAUAACAAGGAACGGGGCUCGUUUAUCACUGACGAGGAGCAGGGCGUGAGCCCCUGCCCCGCACCUCUGCUGUCCCACACCCCUGCCGUCCCUUCUUCCAAAAGAGAUCCUUUUAUGGGAGAACACAGCAAGGAGAUACUUAAAGAAUUUGGAUUCGACCAGGAAGAGAUUGAUCAGCUUGUUUCAGAUAAAAUCAUUGAAAGUAAUAAACCGAAAGCUAAUCUCUAACUUCCAGGCCUGCAGCUCAAAUGAAUCUGAGUAUUGCAUUUACAGUAUAGAAUAGCACAUAAAAUUGUGUGCGUGGAAACAUGGAAGAGCAGAGUCACAGUGCUCCAGCUAUUCUAAUCAAGAAACAACCAAAGACACUGAUUACACAGUAGUGAUUCAAUGUUGAAAAUGCUUAUCAUCAGGGCUUUUGAUUUUGAAAUGUUUUGUGUAUUUAUACUAAAUUGUGGCAGUUUUUCUGCCUUCUGAUUUACUUGAUAGAAUAUAUUUGUUGUUAUUAAGAUACUUAUAUACUAACUUUAAAUGAAUUAACGUAUGUUUUUAUUAAAUAAAACUCUUUU